CAGAUGCAGGCAGGAAAAGACUUAUCCUCCCAGGGAAGGGGGAGGGGUGGAGGGGGCUGGCCACUAGGAAUUUGACCAUGCUUUUGUGAGUAUGUGGACAACACAAAAUGACUUGUAUUUUCCUCUGUGUGUGUGUGUGUGUGUAUGUAUGUGUACUCAUACACGUAUGUGUACUCAUACACGUAUGUGUGCAUGUGCCCAUGAAGCCUGGAAGGUGUUGAAUGCCCUGGAACUAGUGUAGCUGUAGACUGUGUGACCUGAGUGCUUAGACUCGAACCUAGGUCUUUUGCAAAAGCAGCAAUAACUCUUGGCCACUGAGCCAUCUCUCACACCUGCUCACUCCAUUUCAAAGAGAUGGAAUUAGCCUAAUUCACUGCUUUGGGUCACCAGUACAAUCAUGGCAAGUGCAAAAAUUAUGAAGGCCUAGAUCGACCCAUCAACACUUCUUGUUUAAAUUUCAUUUAUAUUAUCAGAGUAUAUAUCACUUCCAUUCAUUGGUUUUAAUUUUAACCUUUUCUGAGAAUUUUAUAUAAAGUAUACUAUAUUUACAUUAUUUUUACCUCUCCCUCUGCUCCUCCAUCUCAUCCUCUGUACCCUUACCACACUCUCUACAAUGUAAUUAUCACUGUUACACACACACACACACACACACACACACACACACACACACACCUUAAUGAGCCCAAUUAGUGUUUUCCACAUGUACAUGUAUAUGUGUUAGGGCUGACCAAUUAGAAUUGGGAAAUCUAUCAUUGCUCAUCCCUAGAGAAAACUAAUCCUCUCUCCUUAGCAGCUUUUCAACUCUUCCUCUAGACAUGAGGCCUUGUGAAAUUUUCCUCUAUCCACACUUCCAUGUCAACAUGUCAACUGGUGAAGCUCAUAUGCAACUGUACUGAGAGAAUAUGUGUGCAGCACUCCAGUCAUGUGAGAAAGACACUCUCUCGCAGCAGAUGUUCUGAUCCUCUGGCUCUUAGAAUUUUUCUGUCUCCUCUAAUGCAAACUUCCUUGAGCCAACUUACAUACCGAGAUUUUGUUGGAGAUAUCCCAGCUGGGGAUGAGCAUUCAGCACUCAGGUGUUCUCUGCCUUUUGACCAGUUGUGUAUCUCUGGAGUAAUCCCCAUGUGCUGAGAGGAAACAGCUUUUUAUGAGGGGUGAGAGGUAUAUAUUAGUAAAAGGCUAUUUCAAACACAGUUGAAAGCUGUAUUAAUUUACAAAAUGAUAGUAGUAGGUUUUCUUCUUCAGCCACAGGGUCUUGUCUAUUUUACAGUAACAGAAAUGAGGUAUUUAAGUCUAUUUAGACAAAAGUCCAUUUAGGCCUCAAAGAUAAGUGCUAUUUUUGCACUAUUGGGAUAUCUUGUAAGUUCAGUCGUUGUUGUGGUUCUCAGGUUUAGCAGAUGGCUUGCAUAGCACCUACUUAUACCAUGAGAGCUAGACACUAGAGAGGAGGCUUCCAAGUCACUAGCAACUUGACUCUUCUAAGUACUGUAAAUGCAAAGUGGAUGGUGUCUUCAACAAUAAGCUCAUACCUUCAAGUUCUGUGAAGUAAACCAAGGGAAUGGCAAUAACCCAUGUUGUUUUGGGGGAUCUCUUGGAUCUGCUAACCAACAACUUGAAGGGUGUCCUUUGCCUGGCACUGGGGUAUUUUUUUUUAGACUCACUGUGAUUCCUGGGAAAGUAUCAUUACUACUAUGUGGGUAACUCCAUUACAAAAAGUGUUUAUAUAUAUAUAUAUAUAUAUGUAUAUAUAUAUAUAUAUAAUGUAUUUUCCCUAUGGCUUUUAAAAAUAUCCUUAGUGUUUUUAUCUUUUCUUCCUCACUCUCCCUUUUUAUUACCCUUCUGCUCAAUUAAGCCACGCCCCCAUUUUCUCCAUUCACCCUUCAUAGCAUCUAUGCCCUGCUACCCUCUCUCUAAUACUCCUCCUCCCUCCCUCAAUGAGCCUUUCCUACUUUUCAGACUUUUUGUUUCUUGUGAGAUAUAUACAUAUACAUAUAUAUGAGACUCUGAAGAUUCAGAACUAGAAACCAGAAUUAAAAGAGAGCAUGCAGUGUUUGUGUCUCUGCUUCUGGGUUACCUUACUCUGUAUAGUAUUUUCCAGUUUUAUCCAUUUGACUGCAACUGUCACAAAUUCAUUUUUCUUUUUAGCUGAAUAGAAUUCUAUAGUGUAUAUGUACCUCUAAAAACCCCUGUAUUAGAAAAAAAAGAAGAAAUCAAGUGAUCAGAUUUGUAACACUGGCCAGAUGUGACAGUGUUUAAAAAUUCCAUUCAAGGCUAAGAUCAAAAACUCUGCUGACAACCAAUGUUGGUGAGGAUGUGAAGAAAGAGGAAUAUUCCUCCAUUGUUGGUAGGAUUGCAAACUGGUACAACCAUUCUGGAAAUCAGUCUGGAAGUUCCUCAGAAAAAUGGACAUAGUACUACCUGAGGACCCAGCUAUACCACUCCUGGGUGUAUACUCAAAAGAUGUUCCAACAUGUAGCAAGGACACAUGAUCCACUAUAUUUGUACCACUAUAUUGAUAACAGCCAAAAGCUGGAAAGAACCCAGACAUCCCUCAACAGAGGAAUGGAUACAGAAAUUGUGGUACAUCUACACAAUGGAGUACUACUCAGCUAUCAAAAACAAUGACUUCAUGAAAUUCAUAGGCAAAUGGAUGGAACUACAAAAUGUCAUCCUAAGUGAGGUAACCCAGUCACAAAAGAACACACAUAGUAUGCACUCACUGAUAAGUGGAUAUUAGCCCAAAGGUUUGAUUACCCAAGGUACAAUCCACAGACCACAUGAAGCUCAAGAAGCAGGAGGACCAAUAUGUAGAUCCUUCAGUCCUUCUUCGAAGGAGGAACAAAAAUAUUCAUAGGAGGAGAUAUGGAGACAAAGUUUGGAGUAGAGACUAAAGGAAAGGCCAUCCAGAGACUGCCCCACCUGGGGAUCCAACCCAUAUACAUAUAGCCACCAAACCCAGGCAAUAUUGCUGAUGCCUAGAAGUGCAUGCUGACAGAAGCCUGAUAUAGCUGUCUCCUGAGAGGCUCUGCCAGAAGAUGACAAAUACAGAGGCAGACUCUUGCAGCCAACCAUUGAGCUGAGAAUGGGGUCCCUAUUGAAGAAGUUAGAGGAAGGAUUGAUGGAGCUGAAAGGGCUUGCAGCCCCAUAAGAACAACAGUACCAAACAACCAGAGCUCCCAGGGACUAAACCACUACCCAAAGACUAUACAUGGACUGACCCAUGGCUCCAGCACCUAUGUAGCAGAUGAUGGCCUUGUUGGGUACCAAUGGAAGGAGAAGCCCUUGAUCCUGCCAAGGCUCUACCACCCCAGUGUAAGGGAAUGUCAGGAUAGGGAAGCGGGAAGGGGUGUGUGGAUGGGUAGAGGAACACCCUCAUUCUAGAAGGGGGAGGGAGAUGGUAUAGGGGGUUUAUGGACGGGAAACCAGGAAAGGGGAUAACAUUUGAAAUGUAAAUAAAAAAAUCCAAUAAAAAUUCUAUUCAAAUGUUCAUUUAAAGAAUAAAAACACAUACACACCUGCUUGUAAAGGGAAGGAAAAGUAUAAGGAACUAAAGGACUGAAGAAUUAGCAUCUAAAAUAUCUUCUCACUCACUGUUUUGACUCUGCCACCAUUUGUCUUACUCUUAACUGUUCUGAUAAAAAAAUAUUUACAACUGUAGGUCUGCUUCCCUUAGAAGUGGAUCCAGCCCAAUGGGAGGCCCCAAGGUCUAACACUGUUACUGAGGUUAUUGAACACUCACAAAAAACAGACCUAUCAUGCCUGUCUCCCCUCCCCCAAAAAACCCAACAAGCAGCUGAAAGAGUCAGAUGCAGAUAUGUGCACCCAACCAAUGGACAGAAGCUGCUGAUCCCUGUGGUUGAAUUAGGGAAAAGCUGGAGGAAACUGAGGAGGAGGGUGACCCUUAGGAGGGCCAGCAGUCUCAAUUAACCUGGACCCCUAAGAUCUCUCAGACACUGGAUCAUCAACCAAGCAGCAUACACCAGCUGAGAUGAGGCCCCCAACACAUAUACAGCAGGGGACUCCUGGGUCUGGGUUCAGUCAGAGAAGAUGCAGCUAACCCUCAAGACACUGGAGACGCCAGGAAGUUUAGAGACAGGAGCCUAGCAUCACUGUUCUCUGAGAACCCCAACCAGCAGCUGACUAAGACAGAAGCAGAUACUUAUACCCAACCAUUGGACUGAGGUCAGGGACACUUAUGGUUGAAUUAGGGGAAAGUUUGAAGAAACUGAAAGGGAGAGCAACCCCAUAAGAAGACCUACAGUCCCAACUCUCCCUGACCCCAGGGAGCACCUAGACACUGAGCCACCAACCAGGAGCAUACACAGUCUGAUCCGAGGCCCUGGCACAUGUGUAACAGAAGUCUGCCUGGUCUGGCCUCAGUGGGAGAAGAUGCAGUUAAUGCUCAAGAGACUUGAGACCCCAGGGAAGGGGGAGGCCUGACGAAGGGGGAAAGCACCCUCUCGGAGGCAAUAGGGAGGAAGAGUGGGAUGAGGAACUGUGGUGGGGGACCAAGGGGGACAAUGACCGGAAUGUAAAUACAUAAAAUAAUUCUUAAAAAGAUUCAAGUACACACAGAUGGUGACGAUAAAGACAGAUAAGUACCAUUUUACAGUGGUGUUUUAAACACAAGUGAUACACAACUCACAGUAAACCUGCACGGGAUGAUUGGAGGAGCUAGAUGCAAUGUGUGAGAAAAUCACUAGAAUAUAGUUCCAAGCCUACUGCUUUCAGUGCAGUAGUCAAUGCAUAAUAAGGUAGCCAACAUUUUAUUAUAAACAGGCUUUUUAUUAGAUGAUCUUUGUUCAGUGGUAGGUUAAUCUAAGUAUUUUAUGGGUGUAUAAGACAGACAUCUUUCUUGUGUUUCCAUUUCUGUGAUAAAAUGCUAUACCAAAAUCAACUUAUGAAUGAAAGGAUUUAUUUUGUCUUACAGCUUAUCAUGCAUCACUGAGGGAAGGCAGAGCAGGAGCCUGGAGGCAGGAGCUGAUGCAGAGCCCAUGGAGGGGUGCUGCUUACUGGCUUGCUCCUUAUGGCUUGCUCGGUCUGAUCCCUUAUAGAGUAACCAGAAGCACCAGCCCAGGAGCAGGACCAUCACCACUCAUAGUGAGCUGUGUCCUUCCCUUGAAUCACUAAUUAAGAAAAUGCCCUACAUCAGUGGUUUCCAACCUUCCUAAUGCUGUGAGCCUUUCAUAUAGUUCCUCAUGCUGUGGUGACCCCAACCAUAAAAUUAUUUUCAUUACUAUUUCAUAAUUUUUUAAUAUCACUACUGUUAUAAAUCAUAAUGUAAAUAUUAUUGGAGAUAGAGGUUCGCCAAAGGGGAUGUGAUCCACAGGCUGAGAACUAUCGCUCGCAGCCCAUUCUUAUGGAGUCAUGUUCUUAACUGAGAGUUCCUCUUUCCCAGAUGACUCUAGCUUUUGUCAAGCUGACAUAAUACUAACCAGCACAAUAGGCUAGGCACACUAAGCUAUGAGAUUCCAUAGUUUAGAUGUAUUAAAAUAAUUUUUCCAUUUUUCUCUUUCUACUUUGCCCUUGAACUCACUAUUUAGCUGCACAUGAUCUUGAACUAUGACUCCUCCUCCUACCACCUCCCACGUUCUGAGAUUACAGGCAGGGAAUACAUUCUCAGUUUUAUGUGGUACUAGGAAAUGAGAAGAAGUUAAGCAUACACUCUACCAACUGACCUAUACUCAAAGCCCAGCACUUUUAGUUUAAUGAUGUUUUCAACAAUGGGUUAACUGGGAUAUAACUUUAUCAUACACUUGAGGGACAUCUGUAAUACCCUCCUAAUUUGUCAGUUUUUAAGUAGAUAACACCCUGUUACUUAUCUCUUAUAUGAUUUGAUUUGUUGUGUCUUCUAAAAAGAUAUUUCUAUAUUUGGUAAAUGAAUGUUAAUUCUUUUUAAAAAUUUUUUACAUUUAUUCUAUGGAAGAUUUGUGCUCAUGCAUGACAUGGCAUGAGUGGGAAUCCUUUCUCUCCUUCCACCAUAUAGAUCCCAGAGAGCAAACUUACGUUGUCAGGUUUGGAAGCAAGCACCUUUAACCACUGUCCCAUCUCAACGGCCUUGACUGUUUUGAGCCCAGCAGAAAAAGUUAUCUACCUCAUACUCUAUCAUGCCAUUUUUGUGUUCUUUGCAUGGACCUACUGGAAGUCUAUCUUUACACUCCCACAGCAGCCCAACCAGAAGUUCCACUUGUCCUAUACAGACAAGGAGCGCUAUAAAAAUGAAGAGAGACCUGAGGUCCAGAAGCAGAUGCUUGUGGAUAUGGCCAAGAAGCUACCAGUGUACACAAGAACCGGGAAUGGAGCUGUACGGUUCUGUGACCGGUGUCAUCUAAUCAAGCCAGACCGCUGCCAUCACUGUUCUGUCUGUGCCAUGUGUGUUUUAAAAAUGGACCAUCAUUGCCCAUGGGUUAAUAACUGCAUUGGAUUUUCCAACUACAAAUUCUUCCUUCAGUUCUUAGCGUAUUCCGUUCUCUACUGCCUGUACAUUGCUACAACAGUCUUCAGCUACUUCAUCAAAUACUGGAGAGGGGAAUUGCCCAGUGUGCGCUCUAAGUUCCAUGUCCUCUUUCUUCUCUUUGUGGCCUGCAUGUUUUUUGUCAGCCUUGUGAUUCUCUUUGGUUACCAUUGUUGGCUUGUCAGCAGAAACAAAACUACCUUAGAGGCCUUCUGCACACCAGUAUUUACAAGUGGACCAGAGAAAAAUGGGUUCAAUCUUGGCUUCAUCAAGAAUAUUCAGCAGGUGUUUGGCGAUAAUAAGAAGUUCUGGUUAAUACCUAUUGGGUCCAGCCCUGGUGAUGGACACUCCUUUCCUAUGAGGUCUAUGAAUGAGUCCCAGAACCCGCUACUGGCAAAUGAGGAACCCUGGGAAGACAACGAGGAUGAAAGUCAAGAUUAUCCAGAAGGCUUGUCGUCACUUGCUGUGGAGUCAGAAACAUAGCAGGCUUCGCAUUUUCUGUGUCUCACAGGAACUGUCAUCUCCCACGAGGCUUACAGACUUCAAUAUUGAGAGCCACUCUAAUCCUCAAACUAAGGCACCGCUUUGGAUUGAUAGCUGCACAGUCUGAGGGUUCCGUCGCACACCUGUUGUGCAGAUCUUUCCGGACUUUGCAAAUUCACUUUGCUGAAUGAACUCAGAUUGGAAACAGUUGCUGCAAGCCAGUUUUUCUUUUUUAUCCUCCCCCAACCCGUGAAAGCCUAAGUGUAAAAUAUAUAUAUAACUUUAUAUUCAUCUAGUCUGGUACAAAGGGAAUUCAGAAGCUUGCCUUGGAGUCUAAUUCCCCCAUGAAAGACUAUUAAUCACAUCUCACUGCAGGCUCUCUCUGGUAUUGAGGGAAGUCAGCAUGUAUUUACAGCUUAUGGUCAGGGGCAUAUAUAAACAUGUGUAUGUGCAAUAUACCAAUACAGAAUUCUGCCAAAAAUUAAGGUUUAAAAAACUGGGGCUUGUAUUUAAUCGUGCUGUUCACCUAAAUAGCAAGUUAAAUAUUUGAUGGGCUCUAAACAAACCCCAUAUCAUGUAUCUGAAAUUUAAGGAGAUCGAAUAGAGCGUGACCAAGGUCCUGUUGAGAAUUGAACAAGACAAAGCCUGUCCUGUCACAGAAGUUUCUGAAAGCAGCACAAGUGAUGCAGAGGAACAGAUCAGACCUGCACUUUAUGAGCAUAACAGUUAGCAUUUGAAGACCAGGCGUGAGAGUGCAUGCCCAUCAUCCCAGCUCUUGGGAGGCAGAGGAGGGGGCUGCGGCAAGACCAGCCUGCUUGUUCUCCGUGUGAGUUCCAGGCCUGCUUGGAUUACAUUGGAAAACAAGAACAAAAAGGAAUUCCUUUCUUAAAAACUUUUAAUGCCAGGCUGUGGUCAAAAUCUCUAUUUUAUUCAUUUCUCUGUUAUAUAACUUGUUUUAGCCUUUGUAAAUUACUUUUAUAAUGGUCGAAAUAUUAUAAGCCUAGGUGAUGAACCAUCCAUUUCGUAAAAUGGAUUUAAGGAUGAUUUUCAGGUAUAAUUAAAAUUCCGUCAAAGAAGAUAACAUUUCAGAUAUGACACUAGCCUGAGGAUUAGCUAAAGGUCUGUGUUUUCACAGCAGGAGUUAAUGUACAGAGUUAACUGAACAGUGAUAUUCCGGUCCUCUUUCUUAAGCUUCGGUGGCAGCUCAGCCAUUAAGAGAGUUUACAUCCAUUUCCCCACUUCUUUAUAACCAGCCUUCCUUUCAGUCCUAGUGCCUGGAUCAAUGAGAUGGACACUAAUGCUGCUCCUUUAUAAUAAUAGUACCUAAGAGUAUUGAUGGCUUUCAUUUGUCAACCAGCACUCUAAUGCACAGCUGCUGACGAUAAAAGGCCAACUCUUACCAGAGAUCAGUGGGAGUCACGGGCAUCUGUUACCAAGGAAUUGGACUCCUUAAGAGAUGGUUGGGUUGACUAAAUUAUUCUCUGUAAAAUGUCUCUGAGUGAAAAAGAGUUGCCUGGCACAAACAAAUCUGCGUUGGGACUCCAGUGCAACCGAGAAGGAAAACAAUCCAGCUAUUGAAAGUUAACAACCAAAUGGUUCCAUUUGGUCCCCCUGAGUCAUUUUAAUGAAGGUGAGACAGUUAGCAUCAAAUAAAAAGAUUGGAGUCAGCAUUUCAUUUGAGAGAAUACAAGAAAUGAAUAAAUCCAUUAGAGCUAGGGCCUGGAGACUGCUUCUCAAACUCACAAAUUGAGGAGUGACACAGGAGACUGUGCAUGCUGGAUUUCGUGAUGAAAGUUUAUACUUUCACAUAGAAAGAACUUUGCCUUUCCGUUGCUCCUUCUGAAGCAUUUCUCAUGUCUAGGUUUGCCUUGGAAGCAUAUUUAGCCAUCUAUGUGGCUUUAUGAUCCACAGGCCUUCCUUCUAGUCCUGUACAAAUGUACCUUUCUAUAAUGGGUGCAAGCAGUAUUCACAAGAAAUCCACAACAGAGCAACCUUCCCUGACCCCGCUGGUCUUCCGCUGACGUACAGUACAGAAGCUGCGCUCUGUGCUUUGAAGUCCGGAAAGCAUCAGGAACUUCUUCUCUGUGGAGUAUGUGAGCAUUCAGCCCUGGUAGGCAUCGUGUCACAAAAGACAGUGUUGGUAAAGUACAGGGAAGCAAGCUGAUUGUUCAGUGUCUUAAGACUUAGGCUGUCUUCAAAAGGCCAAAUAAACCAGGGUUUUCUCUGGCUGCUUGGAGAAAGAAGAAACCCAAUUUUUGUUUUAGUAUCUUGAGCUCAUUAGUUGAUACACGUUGAUAGUACCCCUAUGCAUAGAUUCUUUGUGUAUUGAUUACUGUAUAUAGACAUCUAAGUGGUUAGUUCUUGAUCAAGAAGACAGGUUUGUGCCAUAAUUAGCACACCCUGACCUCACUCAUUUGCUUUCUUUUCCUUGGAACCCUGCCCAGUAACUUCUGUGGGAUCUCAUUCCCCAAUCUUUGGGACUCUGCUUCCACAGUUGGAAAGUAGAACUACUUGCUGUUAAAUAUCCCACAGCUAAAAGGUGCUAUGUAACGCUAUAGUGCUCUUAUGUACUUUUAUUUGCAGGACUAGAAUGAAAAGUUUAAACAUUACAGUAUUUCUGAGCAAACAAAUGUGCUCCAUUCUUCUCCUCCAUGCUUAGUGCACAAUGUUUCCUUGCAGAGCCUAGAGUACUUUGUUAAUGUUCUUCCAUUUGUUCCAACAAUGUCCUUGGGAAAAGAUAGAAUGGAAAUUAUUUUUCCAAAAAUUAAACAUAAAGGAGAUAAAGUGCCAUCCAAAAGCACAUAGAUACUAUUAGAGAGACUUUACUUUCUAGUGCCGGAAUAACCAUGGAGCAAAGAGAACAGAACCACAUUCCAAGUGUCCCUCUUUCUCCGACAUCUUGAAGUUUGCAAUUUAGACAACUCUUUAUUUUCUAAUGCAAUAUGUGCCUCUUGCCCUCACUGAAACUUUAAGACAUAUGUAUUUCGCACUACAUGGCAUCAGCCAUUGCCAUAGUCUCCUGUGGCACCUAGACAGCCCAAUCUCAGGGUUUGUUUUUCCAGGGAAAAAUAAAUGUGCUUCCUCAUGUUCCUGCCAAAUUGCACAAAGUAUAGGCAUUUGUGUUAAUGGGGCUUAAGCACAGUCGUAGAAGGCGUUUUAAGAAUACUGUGUAGUAUACAUUAUUGCAAUAUACACCUGAGAUUUAACAAGGCCCCAAAUGACAGGAAUGUAAUAAUCAUUCAUAGUCUAUCUCUUUCAACUCUCAUCCUUGAUAUCUAGCUACAUGUGUGCACAUGGACAUGAAUGCACACCCUUCUUUAAAGGCAGAUUGCUAGGUCAUUAGAACAAAUGUUUCACAGGGAUGAUUCUGUUCUUUAAUGAAGUCCAAAAUCAAAAGAAGUGAAGAACAUUUCAUUUAUCUAUUCUGAAAUGUCUGCUGUCAGAGUGUCAGUUUGGCUGAAAGACAUGUUCUGUGCAGAGGCACAGAGGACAUCUAACAAGAUCAUCAGACCCUAAUGCAAGUUCCAUGUUCACAGAAAAUUCAUGCACUCUGUGCAAACAGGAUGAAAUGGCUGACAGUGUGUGCUACAUUUGCAUUUAUUUAACCAUACCUAUAAAAUACCAUAUUAUACUGUAGCCUUUGCAUGUAAGUAUUAUGUAAUAAAGCAAGAAAUGGGUGGCUUUUAACUAGCAUGCAACCCUUAACUUGUUUAUUACCCCCAAAAGGGCUAAGGCUUGUCCAGCACAGUAUGUAAAAUCAUUAAAUGUGUUCUUUGGAGAAACCUGGUUAAUAUCCAUCAGCAGAAUGAGUUAGAACACAAUCUGUCUAUUAUGAUGUUUGGGUUUGGUAGGGAAUGGUUAAAAAGAAAAGAACAAUAAAAUAAAAUGCAUUCAAAGAGUAAUUGCUUUCAGCCUGCUGUCUAAAUCAGCAAAGGAACACAGCGGGAAAGAGAGGUCUGGGUCUAGGUAAUAUAUGGAAUGUAUUGGAGAGCUAGAAAAGGAAAGACACUGGGGGACUUCAACAGUUAAGCUCAAGUUGCCAAUUUGCUAUAAAUCCCUUUUGCCAUCAGUCUGCUUACAGUGAUAAAUAUAGUGUUCUUAAAACGAUGUGCAGAAAUACUGAAAAAAAAAUGCCGGUCAGCUUUCUAUCUUCCUAUGUUCUUUAUUAAAACUAUAUGCAUAAA